UGAACACUGUAUGGGAUUCAGUCAGUGAGGUGAAGUUAUUGUAUAUUUGAUUAUAAGACCUUCCUGUGCAAAUGCAUUGAUCUAGAUUACAGGGGGGCAGUGUGAAAAACAAAGAGGAGGUCAACUUCAUAGCUUCCCGAUAAGCAGCCUCUGAUCAAACUAUUGGGGAUCAAUUACAAGACAAUGGCAUACUUCCAGGUUCUGGCUGAAGUGAAAUAGCUGUUCAGCUAAUGCUGAGAACAAAGAAAUCAAAAUAAUUCUAAACAGUUUAAAAAACCCUUCUCGGGAGAAGAAGGGGGGUUCAGUUCCUGGUGAGAACAGACUAGGGACACAAGGCCUGGGGGAAUGUCAGAAAGCAAUGGAGGUCUUCCCAGGAAAUGGUAAGACUCCAGCAAAGACAGGCAAUCCCCUCUCCUCUCUGGCCCAGUCCUUCUGAGGGACAUUGCUGAGGACAAAACUACUUCAGUAACACAGGAACCAUCUCUGCCUCAGCCUUCAGGCAGGAAUGUUCACCUCUGGUACCAUCAACCCCACCAGUGGAGAGAGAGCACAUUUCCAACUUGGACGAGUCUGAUGCUCCAGCUGGUCCUUUAUCUCCUCACAGAGAGAUGAGUCCUGACAGGAAGUGGGAGAUCCAAACCAGAUAUGACUUUCCCAGGGACUACCAGUACCCAAUGCCAUGAGGUCCCCCUCAACUAGCCCUACUGGGGUCCGUGGCAGAUGUCCUGGGUCCAUCCACAAAUCCUACCAGACUUAGUCCACUUGGCAUCUGCUGGUUCCAUCUGAGUGUGAGGAGGAGGAAACUGAUACAGAUCCACAGGUGCUGACAGUACUGACAGGGAUCUAUCUCCUCCUUGUCUGCAGGCAAAGCAAUCACUCCAUCCCUGCUGUCUCUGCCAGAUGAUCAUAGGCAGUACCAGGAGCUACUGCAGAGGAUAGCAAAUGACCUUCAGAUCCCACUAAAGGAGGUCCAGGAUUCCCAACACCAGCUACUUGACAUUCUGCAACAUCCAGGUCCAAGCAAGAUGGCGCUUCCAGUUAAUGAGGCCAACAUGGAACCAGCCAGACUGGUCUGGUAUAACCUACCCUCUUGGGCCUCCACACCUCGAAGAGCUGAGAGAUGCUGUUUUACCCUGGCCAAAGGAGUAGAGUUUUUUUUCCUUUUUUCAUCCAUCCAGCACCCAACUCACUGGUGGUGCAGGCAGCUAUGGACACAGCAAGGUCACAACAUCCUAAGACCAUUCCCGCUGACUUGAACUCAGAGACUGGACCUUUUGGGAAGAAAGAUAACCAACUGAUCAGGCAUACAUGAACAACAUUACCAAGAAGACUCCCUCACAUAAAUGAAUCCUACAGCUAUCCUCUAAUCCUACUUUUCCCGCUGGAGGAGGAGUAGGUAAACAACAUGAAGCAAAACUUGGCGUCAUCAGUUAGAUUUAUUUUGCUGCUUUUUCUGAACAUAGAGUGUUUGAAUGAGCAAUCACCUCCUGGAAAGCCUGAGGUUUUGAAGUGUCGUUCUCCAGAAAUGGAAACCUUUACUUGCUGGUGGAAGCCUGGCUCAGAUAGUGGACUUCCUACCAACUACACUCUGCUCUACAACAAGGAAGGAAAAGAACAAAUUUAUGAAUGUCCAGAUUACAGAACUGCAGGUCCCAAUUCCUGUUACUUUGACAAAAAGCACACCAAUCUCUGGACAUCUUAUAACAUUUCUGUAAAGGCAACUAAUGAGGCGGGAAGUAACAUCUCUAACCCUCAUUAUGUGGACGUGACUUCCAUAGUUCAGCCAGAUCCUCCUGUAAACCUAUCUCUGCAAGUAAUACAAUCAGCUGGGAUAUUGUAUCUUUGGGCAAAGUGGUCUCCACCUCCAUUGGUUGAUGUCAGAUCUGGUUGGCUUAUACUUCAUUAUGAAUUACGACUAAAGUCUGAAGAAAGGGAAGAGUGGGAGACUAUUUUUGUUGGACAGCAAGCACAUUAUAAGACGUUUAAAUUACAUCCUGGAUUGAAAUACGUUGUACAGGUUCACUGCAUGCUAGACCAUGGAGAAUGGAGUGAAUGGAGUUCAGAAAGUUACAUUCAGAUCCCCAAUGGGCAGCCCCCUGGAAGGCCUGAGCUACUGAGGUGUCGUUCUCCAGAAAAAGAAACUUUUACUUGCUGGUGGAAGCCCGGCUCAGAUGGAGGACUUCCUACCAACUACACUCUGUUCUACAGCAAGGAGGGAGACAAGUCAAUCAAUGAAUGUCCAGAUUACAGAACUGCAGGCCCCAAUUCCUGUUACUUUGGUAAAAAGCACACCUCGCUUUGGGCAAUCUAUAAUAUCACCAUAAAGGCAACCAAUAAGAUGGGAAGUAACAUCUCUGAGCCUCAGUACGUGGAUGUGACUUACAUAGUUCAGCCAGACCCUCCUGUGAACCUGUCUCUAGAAGUAAAAAAACAAGUAGAUGGAAAACCAUAUCUGUUGUUGAAAUGGUAUCCACCUCCACUGGCUGACGUCAAAUCUGGGUGGCUUACUCUUGAAUAUAAGUUGCGACUAAAACCUGAAGAAGGGGACGAAUGGGAGAUAAUUUUUGUUGGACAACAAACACAAUACAAGUUGUUUAGUUUAAAUCCAGGAAAGAAAUACAUUGCACAGGUACACUGCAAACCGGACCAUGGAGAAUGGAGUGAAUGGAGCUCAGAAAGUUAUAUUCAAAUCCCCAGUGACAUAGAGUUGAAGGAUGUGCUCGUCUGGAUCUUUGUGGCUGUAUUAUCAUCUGUUAUUUGCUUAAUCAUUAUCUGGACGGUGGCUUUGAAAGGCUUUAGUAUGGUAGCCUGCAUCUUACCACCAGUCCCAGGGCCCAAGAUAAAGGGACUUGAUACACAUCUGCUAGAGACAGGGAGGUCCGAUGAGUUUUUGAGUGCUCUGGGUUGCCAAGACUUCCCUCCAACAUCAGACUGUGAGGACCUACUGGUAGAAUUUCUGGAGGUAGAUGACAGUGAAGAUCAGCAACUGAUGCCAAGUCAUGAAAAAGGUCAUCCCAGUAAAAAUAUGAAGUCAACACACAAGGAAACAGACAGUGACUCGGGGAGAGGGAGCUGUGACAGCCCUUUCCUACUCUCUGAGAGGAGCAGGGAUCCCAGAAUCCUUCCAUCAGCAUUUCAAACACCAGAUAUCAGUGAAAUUUCAGAAAAUAAUGCCAGAAAAAACAGCUGUGAAAUUCAGAGCACAGACCUAAAAGGGAAAAUACCCUAUUUUAGCAUUGGUGGUACAAAGUUAUCUACGUGGCCUGAAGCUCAGCUACCUAACAACCAGACUCCUAAAUGCUCCUACCACAACAUUACGGAUGUUUGUAAGAUAGCCCUUGGCACCAUGAAUGUGACUGUUACAUCAAUUUUGGGGGGAAAUGAAGAAAAUCAACAGUCACAAUAUUCUAAAUCCACUGAAACUAUCAGUGAGGAAAAGCUGCACAAGCAAGGAGAAGUGGAGAGCUUGCAUUCCAAAGCUGACCAAGACAGAAUGCAACUGCUGCCCAAUGAGAAGUCACCUUUUUUGUCUGCUAAACUAAUGGAUUAUGUAGAAAUUCACAAAGUCAACCAAGAUGGGGCGUUAGCUGUAUUACCGAAACAGAAAGAAAAUAACGGCAAAACUGAAAACUGUACUGUCCCUGGAACCAGCAAGGAAUAUGCAAAGGUCUCAAGAGUUGUGGACAACAGCAUUCUAGUAAUAAUACCAGUUUCAAGAGUUCAGACCACACCUAUGUUUCAAGAACCUCCAAAGGAAUCUGUUCAGAACCUUCAACAGAGUCAAACAGAGAAAAGUAUGAGCUAUUGUUUUACAACUCCAAGUGAGCGCAAAAUAGACACUGGUGGAUUAGAUUACCUGGAUCCAACUUCCUUUAUGUGCUCCUUUAAUUAACUGAAAGUUUGAUUAUCCUUCUUCAGGUAACACUACAGAGUAAAUUAAAUGCAAUUAAAAUGGAAUGUUCUAGUAUGUGGAUUACAUAGAAUUACACUACUAAAGCUCAGUUGUAGCUCGCACCUUUCUAUGUUUUCUACUAGCUGAUUGCAGAACAAAUUAUUUCAUUUUCUAAUUGUGAUUUAUAGAUUUACUUUUGUUAAUAGUUAUGUACAGUAAAACAAAAGUAUGUGACAUGGUUUCUUGGAAAACCCAUACAAAUUGGGGUAUAAUUAAUAAAGAGAAAAAAGGGAUUUGUAGGUUGAUGUAAUAGAAUAAAUAAACCUCAGAUCAUUAAAAUAGUUUUCAAUUUAGGGAGAAAGGGCAAGGAAGUGGAUAUUAUGUGCCAUGGAAAACUACAAUGUAAACAAAUUAUCGAACUUUGCAUUUCUUCUAGUAUUUGAUGAAAACUAGCCAAAUAUUGCAGGUUCAACAAAGAUACAAAACUUGGGGAGAUUGGUCAGUAUACCAUGAUUAAGGCUAAGAUUUUAUCACGGAUAUUUUUAGUAAAAGUCAUGGACAGGUCCUGGACAAUAAAGAAAAAUUCACAGAAGCCCAUGACCUGUCCAUGACUUUUACUAAAAAUAUCCAUGA